ACAUCGAGCAAAUCAAUCAAUUAAUGAUUAACUGACUGACUGGCUGGCUGGUAUAACUAAGAAAAAAAGUCUGUCUAUUCAUUCAACAAAUAGAACUCAAACCAGAUAGAUCAUUCACUCUUUAAGUAAAAAAAUAAAAUGAAUUAUCAAUUAAUUUUUAAAAUAUUUUUAUUAAUAAUAAAUAUAUUAAUAAUAAAAGGGGACCGCCACAAACAUAAUCGUUUUAACUACAAUGCAUACUACUCUCAAUUGUAUCCGAUCACAUAUGAUUAUUUGGGAAAUUGUUAUGUUGAAGCUGCUCAUCAUAAAGGACACUGUAUACGUUAUCAGGAAUGUGAAAGUGCAGUAAAGGCUUGGGAAAAACAUCAACAAUUUCCGUUUUCGUGUUAUUAUUACAGCAGUUACGAUCAUUUUGUUUGCUGUCCAGAGGCUUUUAUAAAACCAAAACGAAAAUCAACUACAUCCUACUUACUGCCAGUUAAUUCAUAUUAUCUCUACCAUAAUAAUCCGUUUUUAGUAAAUAGAUUUUCAAAUCAACUAACUGCGCAAGAAGAGAGAAUAAGUGAAAAGGAAUGUGCUUUGAUGUAUAAUAAUCUAACGUAUCAAUCAGAUACUCAUUAUCACCAUCGUUCUAAAAGAAAUUCAAAUGCUACGGAUUCUGAAGUCAGGGAUCAAGAUUCUUUAGAACCUGUUCAUGAAGAAACCAUACAAAAGGUUGAAGCAAGCAAAACACAAGCGGUGGGUGGUGUACCAACAAAUCCGGAAGAGUUUCCAUAUAUGUGUGCUCUUGGCUGGCGUACAUUUUCUUCCAAACAUGCAGAAAUUUCUUACAAUUGUGGUUGUGUUUUAAUAGCUCGCAAAUAUGUUUUGACUGUUGCCCACUGUGCCACCUUAGGGGGCGAAUCCCCUUCAAUAGUACGUUUGGGUGGUGUAGAUUUAGAUGAGCCUGAAGCAGAAAUGAUCAAAAUUCAACGCAUUAUUCAACAUCCAGAUUAUAAGCCUCCAAUGGCUUAUAAUGAUAUUGCUAUAGUGGAAUUAAAAAAGAGCUCAAGAUAUACACCUGCAUGUUUGUGGAGCAAAGUGGGUUUGCCUCAAGAAACUUUAACUGCUAUGGGUUAUGGUCAUACAAAAUUUGCUGGCACCAUUUCGAAUACUCUUCUCAAAGUCUAUCUUAAAGUAUUAACAAAUCAAGAUUGUAAUGUAUAUUAUGAAAAAAAUGAUAAACUAAAUAUGGGCAUAAGUCUGGGACAAAUAUGUGCUGGUGAUCCUCAAGGCAAAAUGGAUACAUGUCAGGGGGAUUCUGGUGGUCCUUUAGUAAUGAAGGAGUCGAAAUAUAAUACUAUAGUACCCUAUGUAGUGGGCUUAACGUCAUUUGGCGAGGGCUGUGCUUCAAAUGUACCAAGCGUUUAUACUAGAAUAUCUCAUUUUAUAGAUUGGAUAGAGGAAAAUGUUUGGAAAUGAAAUUAAGU